GCAGCGACUCUGCUCACCCUCGCUCGAUAGUUCUUCUGCUCUCGACUGCUCUCGUCUGCUCUGUCCGUCACGGGGAGACGAGCGUCGGACCUGAUUAGCGAGAGCGACCUGUGUGUGGAAUUUAAGAACAAAAGCCGCGGAUGCCAGCUGCGUAAACGAGCAAGCCGAGAGCAAAUUGUCACAAAUGAAGUGAUUGUUGUGAGCUAGGUGGACGGAGCCGAUACGGUGUAUACGGAGCCGAUACGGUAGACAGGGGCGGGCGAUAACGCUGCCCGCAUACGGGAACGCAGUCUAUCUGUACCUACGCGCCGAGGCGACAGACACUGAGUGCGACACACGGCGACAGCGACAACCGCCCGCGCACGCGCACGUGGGUGACAUCAAAAUUAUUCUUUGCACGCCGAUCAUAUCAGACGCCGCGAUGGAGGUCCGCCGACGAUCGCUCCCCGUCUGCGCAUGCGUACUCGCCACCAUGCUGUGCCUACUCGCCACGCAUGCGCGCGCGGACGACGCCGCCAGCAACAACGUCACUGCCGACGGCAACGAGGUGCAGCGGGUGAACAUCUGUCCGUAUCAGCAGGUGGAGAUGGUGGCGGUGCGCGGCACCGAGCAGCGACCGUACACGAAGCUCGUCAAGGUGUGGAAGCCCAACUGCGGCGACACGUACGACAACUGGUGCGUCGGCUACGAGAAGCGCACGCACUACUACACGGCCGUGCAGACGAAGAUGCAACCGCACUACCGCACCAUGUACCGCUGCUGCGACGGUUGGGCGCAGAUGCCUGGCGAGCCUGGCUGCCUCUACCCGGAGUGCGGUCCCGGGAUCUGCUUCAACGGCGGAGUGUGCAGCGCCGAUCCGGACCACAAGCUUUGCGACUGCGCGACUGGAUUCCAGGGUCCGCGCUGCCAGUACGACAUCAACGAGUGCGCGAUGAGCAACGGAGGAUGCUCGCAGGGAUGCUGCAACGCGAUCGGCACCUACUACUGCAAGUGCUUCCUCGGCUACACGCUCGAGGCCGACGAUCGCACGUGCGUCGACGUCGACGAGUGCGAGAUGCACAACGGCGGCUGCAGCCACCGCUGCGUCAACCUCGAGGGCGGCUACCGCUGCGACUGCCCCGACGACAUGACGAUGCACGUUGACGGACGCACGUGCGUGACGGCCGACGCCUGCGGCGACGACAACGGCGGAUGCGAGCACGUGUGCGACAUGGAUGACGACAGCGGCGUCGUCACGUGCUCAUGCCGCGACGGCUUCGUCUUGAACGCCGACGGCCGCCACUGCGACCCGGAGGAUCCGUGCACGAGCGCCAACGGCGGAUGCGAGCACGACUGCGCCAACGACAGGGGGCGCGCAGUGUGCACGUGCCGACAGGGCUACCAGCUGCGCGCCGACCGCAUGACGUGCGAGGAGGUGGACGCCUGCAGGCAGGACAACGGAGGCUGCGUGCAAGUGUGCACCAACGACAGGGGGCGCGCCGUAUGCUCCUGCCAACCGGGAUACCAGCUGCAGCCCGACAGGCGCUCGUGUGAGAUCUCUGACCCCUGCCGCCAGCGCAACGGCGGCUGCGAACAGGUGUGCACCAACGAUAGAGGACGCGCGACGUGCUCCUGCUUCCCCGGCUACCAGCUGAACCCGGACCGACGCACGUGCGCGACGCCGGAUCCGUGUACGAACGCCAAUGGCGGCUGCAACCACAUCUGCACCAACGAUAGAGGGCGCGCCACCUGCUCGUGUCAGCCGGGCUACCAGCUAGCUGCCGACCAGAGAACGUGCGAGUUACCGGACCCGUGCGCCGACGACAACGGAAGAUGCGAGCAGACGUGCACCAACGACCGCGGCCGCGCCAUCUGCUCCUGCCAGCCCGGAUUCCGUCUGAUGCGAGACCGCAGGUCAUGCAAGCCGGAGGACCCGUGCCGCGAGAACAACGGCGGAUGCCAGCACGACUGCAACAACGAGAACGGACGCGCCGUCUGCAGCUGCCAGCAGGGCUUCACGCUUCAGGCGGACGGCCGUAGCUGCGAGCGCGACGAGAGUCCGUGCGAGCGCGACAACGGCGGCUGCGAUCAGACGUGCACCGACGUGCAUGGCCGCGUCCGAUGCUCCUGCCGCCCCGGCUUUACCCUCGCCUCCGACCGUCGACGCUGCGUCGGCCUCUGCGACGACAACAACGGCGGAUGCGAGCACGCAUGCGCCAUCGAGGGCGGCCGCGUGCGCUGCGCAUGCCGCGACGGCUACGAACUCGGUCCCGACCGACGCCGCUGCCGCAAGACAAACCCGUGCAUGCACAUGAACGGCGACUGCCAGCACAUCUGCCAGAAGGCGGGCGAGCGCGCCGUCUGCUCGUGUCGCGAGGGUUACGAACUGCAGAGCGACGAGCGCAGCUGCGUGCGCGAUCCCUGCUCGGUCGACAACGGCGGCUGCGAGCACGUGUGUGUCAACCGCAUGAGCCAGCCGUUCUGCAUGUGCCGCCGCGGCUGGAGCCUGCAGCCGGACCGACGCACCUGCAAGAAGGAGGAGACGUGCUCGGAGGAGAACGGCGGCUGCCAGCAAGUGUGCAACGAGCGCGACGGUCGCGUCAUCUGCUCGUGCAACACCGGAUACAUGCUCGCCGACGACCGGCGACAGUGCGAAGAGAUCAACUACUGCAAGCGACACAACGGCGGCUGCGAACACAUCUGCGUCAACACGGGCGCCGGCCGCUACCACUGCGCCUGCCGCGACGGAUUCUCGCUCGCCAAGAACCGCCGCAGCUGCCACCCGACGGACCCCUGCGAGACGGACAACGGCGGCUGCCAGCAGACCUGCUCGCCAGUCGACGGCGUCGCCGUCUGCUCGUGCGGAGACGGUUACCGACUCAUGGCCGACGCGAGAAGCUGCGAGAAGAUCGACCCGUGCGACAACGCUGGCUGCGCGCACGAGUGCCGCAGCGUCGGCGACCGACCCGAGUGUCUGUGCCGCGACGGCUACAAGCUGCUGCCCGACCUGAAGCACUGCGAGGAGAUCAACCCGUGCGUGCUAAGCAACGCCGGAUGCGAACACGGAUGCGAGUUCCUCGGCAGGGGGCGCCACCGCUGCACGUGCCACCGCGGUUUCGAGCUAGCCGAAGACGGCCGCCGCUGCACGCCGAUCGACCCGUGCGCCGUCGGCAACGGCGGCUGCGAGCAGGUGUGCACGAACAUGGCCGGCGUCGCCAUCUGCUCGUGCGACGACGGCUACUACCUGCGCAACGAUGCGCGCACCUGCGAGGAGGUGAAGCCGUGCGAUGACGGCUCCAACGGAGGCUGCGAGCAGAUCUGCGAGCAUCUGGCACCGGGACGGCACGAGUGUCGCUGCAAGCAGGGCUACCGGCUGCAGGCGGACGGACGCAUGUGCGAGCACAUACGCCCCUGCGCCUUCAACAACGGCGGCUGUGAACAGCUCUGCGAGAACGUGCGCGGCAAGCCGGCCUGCCGAUGCUUCGAAGAAUACGAGCUGAGUCAUGACGGCGUUACGUGCGUGCCCAUCAACCCGUGCCUGCGCGACAACGGCGGCUGCGCGCACACGUGCAAGCACACGGGGCCCGACGCGCGAGAGUGCAUCUGCUCUGAGGGGUAUACGCUCGCCAGCGACGGCGCCUCGUGCGACGAGAUCAACCCGUGCGACUACAACCGCGGCAACUGCAGCCAGACGUGUCUGAAGACGGCUCCGGGCCAGCGCAUCUGCAUCUGCGACGCCGGAUACACGCUCGAGCCGGACGGCAUCACCUGCAAGGAGGAAAACCCGUGCGACAUCCACAACGGCGACUGCACGCACGUCUGCAAGCACGUCGGCCCAGAUCGACGCAAGUGUAGGUGCCGCAAGGGCUACGAUCUGCUGCCGGACGGCGUCUCCUGCGAGCCUGUCGACCCCUGCAAGACGGACGACGGAGGCUGCAACCAGCUGUGCAUCAACCUCGGGCCGGGAGAGCACGAGUGCGACUGCUAUCCGGGAUUCAUCCUCGAUCCGGCCGACGGGAAGACGUGCCGCGACCCGUGCGACAUCGACAACGGCAACUGUCAGCACUACUGCCGCAGCACGGAGAGCGGCGUCAUCUGCGACUGUCUGCAGGGCUUCGAGCUGACCUUUGACCUGCAACGCUGCGUCGACAUCGACGAGUGCGUGCAGGGCUUCAGCGGAUGCUCGCACGGCUGCACGAACAACAACGGCUCGUUCGUCUGCUCCUGUCCCGACCACUACGUCAUGGACGCCGACGGACGCACGUGCACGCUGCUCAACCCCUGCGACGACAACAACGGCGACUGCGAGCAGAUCUGUCAGUUCGUCGGGGCGCGGCAGCGCGAGUGCGCCUGCGUGUCCGGCUACCGGCUGCACGAGGACGGCCGCUCGUGCGUCGUCAUCGACUCGUGCCUCGUCGACAACCCGGGCUGCGAGCACUACUGCAACAACACGUCGCCGGGCCGCUACGAGUGCGGCUGCUUCGAGGGCUACGCGAUCGCCGCCGACGGCAGGAGCUGCGAGGACAUCAACGAAUGCUUCCUAAACACGGACUGCUGCGAGCAGGUGUGCAACAACCUACCAGGUAGCUACGAGUGCGUCUGCCACAUCGGCUACACGGUCUCCGACGACGGCUGCUCGUGCGUCGACAUCAAUGAGUGCGAGAUCGACGAGGGCGGCUGCAAGCAGAAGUGCGUCAACGUCGCCGGAUCGUUCUACUGCGACUGCGACGACGGAUACUUCCUCGCCGCCGACGGCUCCAUGUGCGAACCGGGCCGCGGCGACCUCGGCCCGCCGAAGCACCCCCUGCCGAGCGACAGCCCCGACACGGUCGUCGACGAGUACGAGAAUCAGCUGGAACUGAAGGAGCAGCAGGUGAAGGAGAAGUGUCGGCCCGGGUACUUCGGCCACGACUGCAGCCUGACGUGCGACAAGUGUCAGAACGGCGGCACGUGCCAGCCCGACCGCGACGGCUGCUUCUGCCCCGCCGGCCGCAUGGGCGUGCUCUGCAACGAGACGUGCGCGAAGGGAACGUACGGCGUCGGCUGCAACGGCGUCUGCACGUGCCUUAACGGCGGAACGUGCAACCCGCUCGACGGCAAGUGCCACUGCCUGCCAGGCAUCAAGGGAGAGAACUGCGAGGACGGCUGCCAUCCGGGCUACUACGGGCGCGACUGCGAUAAGGAGUGUCCGGUGACGUGCCCGAGCAAGACGUGCGACCGUCAGUUCGGCUACUGCAUCUGCCGGCCAGGAUAUUUCGGGCCGCACUGCGAGCUGCCGUGCCCCGAGAAGAACUUCGGUCCCAACUGCAACCGAGAGUGCGACUGCAACUGGAAGCAGGCGAACGGAUGCGAUUCGAAGACGGGGGUGUGCCUCUGCAAGCCGGGCUUCGAGGGCAAGUCGUGCGAGAGCAAGUGCGCCGAAGGCUGGUACGGCUUCAAUUGCUCGGUGCAAUGUCAGUGUCUGACGUCGACGCAGUGCCACCACAUCAACGGCCGGUGCGUCGGCGACUGCGCUGAAGGAUUCACGGGAGAGGACUGCGACAUCAAAUGCCAGCCAGGGCGCUUUGGCCGCGACUGUCUCUUCGACUGUAACUGCGGCUCUCUCGACUGCGACACGAAGACGGGAGAGUGCAUCUGUCCCGCGGGCUUCAAUGGAGAGUCGUGUGACCGGCCGUGCGACGAGAACAUGUGGGGACCGAACUGCGUGCACGAUUGCACCUGCGGCAACGAGGCGGACUGCAAUGGCAAGACGGGCCAGUGCUACUGCAGCGCCGGUUGGUUUGGAGCGGCGUGCCACGAUGCGUGCCCGCCGGGACGCUACGGCGCCGACUGUCUCCAGCAGUGCCGCUGUCAGAACGAUGCUGUGUGCGACCCGGUGACGGGUACGUGUAACUGCGCAGCCGGCUGGGAGGGCCAGCGCUGCGAGCAGGUGUGCACGGCGGGCACGCACGGCCCCAACUGCCUGCAGGACUGCUCGUGUCACCACGGCGCCGAGUGCGACCCGCGCACGGGCGACUGCGUCUGCACGCCGGGCUGGCGCGGCGACGCCUGCGAGCUGCCCUGCUCCGAAGGAACGUACGGUGCGGCGUGCCGCGGUGCGUGCGCGUGCAACAACGGCGCGCUCUGCGACCACAUCAGCGGCGCGUGCACGUGCACGGCAGGCUGGCGCGGCAUCGCCUGCGAACGGCCCUGCCCGUCCGGCUUCUACGGACUCGACUGCCAGCACGCGUGCAACUGCGGCAACGGCGCGCGCUGCGACCCGGUCUCCGGCUCCUGUCACUGCGCUCCCGGAUGGUCCGGGUCCGGAUGCAAGCAGCAGUGUCCCGACGGGAUGUUUGGACUCAACUGCCAGGAGGCGUGCAGCUGCAAGAACGGCGGCACGUGCGACCCGGUCGGUGGCGGCUGCAUCUGCCGGCCCGGCUUCAUGGGCCAGUACUGCACGCAGGAAUGUCCGGCGGGUUACUACGGCAGCAGCUGCGUGCGUCACUGCAUGUGCGCCAACGACGGCGUCUGCAGCCACAUCACGGGCGAGUGCAGCUGCCCGGCCGGCUACUGGGGCGACGCCUGCGAGAUGGAAUGCCCGACGGGAUACUUCGGAGCCGAGUGCGCGCGUCGCUGCCGCUGCCUGAACGGCGGUACGUGCGACCGCGUCACCGGCGCCUGCCACUGCGCGGCGGGAUACCGCGGCGAGCACUGCGAGGGGAGGUGUCCGCCGGGACACUACGGCGCCGACUGUAAGGAGAUGUGCACGUGCGCGCACGGAGACUGCCACCCGACGACGGGCGCGUGCGAGUGCAUGCCCGGCUGGAUGGGAGAGAAGUGCGAGGAGACGUGCGAGCAGGGCAAGUACGGAUACGGAUGCUCGCGCGAGUGCACGUGCGGCGACGAGCCCUGCGACCACGUGACGGGCACGUGCGACUGUCCGGAUGGCUUCACCGGGUUCAUGUGCCAGCACGUGUGCGCGCCGGGUUACUACGGCGCCGGCUGCGCGAGCGUCUGCAACUGCACGGCUAGCCAGGUGUGCGAGCCGGUGACGGGCGAGUGCAAGUGCAAGCCAGGCCUGCGCGGUAAGAAGUGCAAGCGCAGCUGCCCGCCCGAGCAGUUCGGCUCCGACUGCUACGAGGACUGCAUGUGCGAAAACGGCGCCCACUGCGACCCGAGCAACGGCGACUGCUCGUGUCCGGCGGGCUGGAUCGGCACGCUGUGCGACCAGCCGUGCCCGCGCAUGUGGUACGGCGUCAACUGCACGCAGCUGUGCGACUGCCGCAACGGCGGCCAGUGCGACACGAACACGGGACGCUGCGUCUGUCCGGCUGGCUUCUCCGGAGAGCAGUGCGAGCGGGAGUGCGCAGCCGACUUCUGGGGCAUCGAGUGCAACAACACGUGCGCGUGCGAGAACGGCGGCCGCUGCGCGAAGCUGACGGGAGCGUGCUCGUGCGGCCUCGGCUGGAUGGGAGAGCGCUGCGAGCAGCCGUGCGCUGCCGGCACGUACGGUCCGGGAUGCUCGCUCGACUGCGAGUGCCAGAACGACGCCGAGUGCGACCGCGUGUCCGGCUGCUGCCACUGCCGCGCCGGCUUCUACGGCAAGCGCUGCGAGUUCGCCUGCCCCGCCGGUUUCUACGGCGAGUACUGCAGCCUGCAGUGCGACUGCGUCGGUGGCGCCAUCUGCGAGCCGGACACCGGCCGCUGCCUGUGUCCGCCAGGUCGCGUCGGCGACGACUGCGAGCGCACGUGCGACGCGGGCCGCCACGGCGAGAGCUGCCAGCAGAAGUGCGACUGCGGCGUGUACCCGUGCAGCGCCAAGACGGGCGUUUGCAAAUGUCCGCCGGGUUUCGCCGGCCGUCGCUGCGGCGAGCCGUGCCGCAUCGGCCGCUACGGCUCCAGCUGCGCGUUCACGUGCGAGUGUUACAACGGUGCCCUCUGCGACUCGGUCACCGGCCAGUGCCUCUGCUCGGAGGGCUUCGUCGGGCCGAAGUGCCAGUCGCUGCAGAUAGACUCCGUCGAUGCGGCUAGGGGCGACAUGCCCGGUCAGCUGGGCAGCAGACGCCGUCGCCGACGGUCGCUGCGAUUCGAUGAUCUGCUAAAAGAUUUCUAACUGGUCGCCGACCGCCACCCGUGUACUAAUGCAAGACUAGGCGCGUUAUUAUUAUUAUUUAACUGAACUCUUCUUAUCUCGUAACGACGGCAGGGCAGGUCUCCUGUAUUCAUUCUUAUCUCAUCUACACUGCCACCAGCGACGAACUUAUACACACCCCGGGUCACGAACGGUUCGCAUGUUUGAUGCUAACGACACUGCUGCAUCUAACAGCCUGCGUGAAACAUUACGACGCACGCCUGCGCGAACGCACGAGCGUAUGCUGAACAUUGUUGUUGUUAUGGUUUCACUGACUGUUCUCGCACUUUCGGAUUUUUCGAUAUAAAUCGACUGUAUAAACAAGUGACAUUGAUAUUUGGACGCCGGCGACCAAGCAAACGCAUUGGAUACUCGGUGCGAGAUUCUACUCGGCGGGGAUGUGAUGGGAAACGGCUGAGCGCUGACUACAUAAGUCGCUAGUAGUCGGCAGUCACACGAUCACUGGAUUAGUCGGCUGUACUAUCACAACUUCUCCAGUGGCCUACACAACAUCCCGGCUUAUCGAGUAGCAUUAUAGAUUAUCGACUAUAUCCAAUCGCGUCUCAAUUUGUCAAUUUUUAAUCAAAGUAGACUUUAUAGUAUUUGCUAAUAACUCUAUAUUUCGAUGUGUCGUUGCACAUGUUGGAUUCGUCGUUUUAGAAAUGAUAAUGCUUUUUUGUUUUUCAUCGUCUUGGUGCUUUAGUUGUAGAAUUUUAUUUACGUUGUACUGCUUCAUGAUAAACUAACUAAUUUAAGGCCAAAUUGUAGCGAACAACUGUAUUUGUUCUCUAGUAUUCUAUUGCGUAACUGUGUUUUUAACGUAAUUUAAUGCAGACGAGAAACAAUGUUUAGCGAUGCUGAAAAUCGGAGUUUGUCCUAGCGGCCGCUUAUUUCUUUGUCGACUGAACGUUGCGUUGUAUAUAGCACGUGGUUUACAUCGUACUUUGCGGUAGAUCCGUCACCUCUACGACUCGUGACGAAUAUGCCGUUAUUGUACGUUUAUAUCUGUCGAACGUCUUAGAGUUAGAAUGCAAUAGAACGGUGAUUAACAGUGUAGAUGCUAUUUUGUAUUGUGCAGCGUCUCGAUCCUUACUUAAUAUUAUACAUACGCAAUGGAAUGUAUCGUACUUUUCAUAGUCGUGUUGCAAUUUACGAUUUAUACACAACUUUGUAUUACUACAUUUAGUUUUGAACAUUACGACUUGUAAUCGAAAAUGGCUUCAAGAUCACCAAAACAGGGCGAUGAUGCCCGCCUCUAGUGCCAGUUCAUAGCCACGUCUGUGUAGCCCACGGGCAAGUACAUUUAGAAUGUGCCAUAAAAUCGAAAUGGUAUGUCAAUGGCAUUUGAGUAACACCCACCUGCUAUAGGAGCAUUUAAACGCAACACAUUUUAUUUGAAUGUUUAUGACUGUUAUAUAUUCACGUCUUAGUAAUCACGCGCAUAUUUUUGCCAGUAUAAGCUCUUCGCUUACGUAUAUGCGCGAAACGGUUGCGCAAAACUUUGAUGUUUUCGGGCAAAAUAAUGAAUAUAAGCAGGUCCGUUAUGUGCCGUACAAA